UUUUCCCAGUAUUCACCGGCUCAUUAUACAUUAUCCCGCUUAUUACACAGCUAAUUAUCAGUUAAAUAAAUAAUGUUGUCUGCCUCUGCGAAGUGCAUUAAAACCGACCGGAUUCGACAACUUUUGGUGAAAGUUUUGUACUCACCCAGGCUUAGUGGACUGAACCAAGGCAUAAAACUCGCGUAAAAUGUCAUUAAGCAUGACUGCCGAGUGUGUAUUCAAAUCUGUCUUCUUUUGUUUUUGGCAGAGAAAGUCCGUAGGUAUUCUUUUUCUUCAGCGGCAUCCGUUAAAAUCAGCCACUUCUGUUUGUUUUUUCCCUUGGAAGUUGUUUGACAGCUGCAGUGUUGCAGGGCAGCAUCCCUAGCAAUGCUGGGCUACAUAGCAACUGUGUGUAAUGACCGUUGCUACUAGCAGCGGUCAUUACACAGUAAUAUCAGACCGCUGAAUGCCGCUACUGACCAAUCAGAAUACAGUAUUUAAUAGAGCCGUGUAAUAAAAAAAUGCAAACUGUUGCAUAUCUCAGUCAAACUUAAUGCUAUCAACACCAAACCUCAGAUCCUUAGUUGGCAUGACACUGUGAAGGUAUGAGCCAAAUUUGGCGAAUGCUGGCCACUAGGAGGCGCUACAAAUAUGGGAAGUUUAUAUCUCUUAAACAGCUACAUCCAUUUCUACAAAAUUCGGUCAUUAUGAUGUAGGGCCAUUCCUGAGGCCAUAUGUUGAAGGUGGUCAUGACUGGUCAGUGUGGGUGUGAUUUAUUACAAUAAAUCCAAAUUGCCACACAUUCAGCCUUUCACGCUUCCAGCGCAUUUCCCAUUACAGCAAAUACCGCGGCUCGGACGUCGGCCCAUGUCCCUGCGCUUGCCCUGAGUCCGUCGUGCUUUGAGGCCGACUUCCGUGGGCUCUGUGGGGCACGGGUGCGGAGUUGCGCGGGGAGGCUUGGCCCCCGUUCAUAACUGCUUGCAGUUCUAGUUAUACAUGUAUUUGAUACAGUAUAGUCAUAAUACACUGUAUUGAUGAAAAGAAGUUAUAUGGUCAAAUAUGUUUAUUAUAUUUUAUUAUUAUUAUUAUUAAUAGUCAUUCCCAACAGCCGUUACUGACACAAAAUACCAUGUAUCACAGAUUACAUGGUUAAGUUUACAGCUGCCUGUUUUACACACUUUGGCCAGCAGGAGGUUUCGUGAGCACAUGAAGCCUUUUCUGAACCGAUCUGCUGGAAAGCUUCAAUGCUUCAUGAAGCUUCAUCUGACCAUCACAAUUGAUGGGAAUUGAUGGUUCAAAGAUUGAAAGGCAUCUCUGGUGUUUCAGAAAUCUUUAUAUGAGACUUUCACACGCUCAUUAAGUGCAUAUAUGUUAGGAAAGGACAGUAACCUUGAAUGGUCUCACUCUGAGGAGACUUCUAAGACCAGAACGACCUACACCUGGAGGCCUCCUCGCCACCACACAUUCAGACAGGAAGAACAUCACGGAGGGAAAUAUUCACUGUGCUCUGUGUGUGCUGCAGGUUUAUAUGGAUCUCAGCAUCCACUCUGACAACCUGCUUGUGGAGCUGUAACUUUAAACAGCUGACAGUGUAUCAUUGUCACAGUGUGGACAUUUCCUGUCUCAUCGUGUGUCUCUGUUUGUGGACUUCACAGCUCAUCAGUGUGACGAGACACCUCUGACUUCAGGACGUCCGUCUGGAAUCUGUAACCACUGAAGAAGAAGAAGAAGAAGAAGAAGAAGAAGAAGAAGAAUGAGUUCUCCAAAAAAGAAACAGAGAGUCGGAAAUAAAACCAGAUCUUACAGCUGUGACCAGUGUUUGAAAACGUUCCCUACGUCACAGCGAUUAAAGAGUCACCAGAGAGUUCACAGUGGAGAGAGACCAUACAGCUGUGAGCAGUGUGAGAAAGCUUUCACCACUGCAGCACUCCUAAAACAACACCAGCGUAUACACUCUGAAGAGAAACCGUACAGCUGUGACCAGUGUGCGAAAAAGUUUUACACGAUAUACAGUUUGAAGAGUCAUGAGAGAGUUCACUCUGGAGAGAGACCGUACAGCUGUGACCAGUGUGGGAAGGCUUUUACAGCUCUCCAUCAUUUAAAACAACACCAGGCCUUCACACACUCUGAAGAGAGACCACACAGCUGUGACCAGUGUGAGAAAACAUACAAAACAGUCGGAACUCUUCAUGUUCAUCAGAAAGUUCACACUGGAGAGAAACCAUUUCAGUGUCAGGAGUGUGGCCACAAAUUUGCUCUAAAUGCAAAACUACAGCUUCAUCAUCGAAGAUAUCACAGUGAAGAGAGACCCGACGUCUGUAAGCAGUGUGACAAAGGCUUCAUCACAGCAGGGGAGCUAAAGAUUCAUCAGAGAGUUCACACUGGAGAGAAACCAUACAGCUGUGAGCAGUGUGGGAAACGUUUUUCAAGUCCAAGUAACUAUAGAACUCACCAACGCACUCACAGUGGAGAGAAACCCUUCAGCUGUGACAAAUGUGGGAAAGCCUUCUCUCGGUUAUGUCACCUCAAAGCACACAGUGUCACACACUCUGGAGAGAAACCGCACCACUGUGAUGAAUGUGGCAAAACUUUCACUCGAUCAGAAACUCUUAAAAUACACCUACGUAUUCACACUGGUGAGAAACCAUACCACUGCAGACACUGUGAGAAAAGUUUCAUUUCUGUAACAGAUCGCAGGGUCCAUGAACGGAUCCACACCGGACUGAAACCAUACAGCUGUGAUGAGUGUGGGAAGAGAUUCACUCAGCUGUGUCAGCUCAACAAUCACAGAAACAUCCACACUAAAGAAAAAAGCUACCCUUGUCUGCAGUGUGGGAAGGUCUUCAGGUCCACUAGUUCCCUACUGUCUCAUGAGCAUAUCCACUCUGGAGAGAAACCCUUUAAGUGCAAACACUGUGAGAAAACAUUCCCAACAUCACAACAGUGCUCAAGACAUGAGCAUGUCCACACUGGAGUGAAACCAUACAGCUGUAAGCAAUGUGGGCAAAGUUUUAGAAGUUCAUCUUCACAGCACAAACACAAGCUCAUGCAUGCUGGAGUCAAACCACAUCAGUGUGAGCACUGUGACAAACGUUUCUAUACAGCAAACAGACUUAGAGAACAUGAGCGUGUCCACACUGGACACAAACCCUACUGUUGUGUCAAAUGUAAGAAACGCUUCACCUGGUCAGGUCGGCUGAAGACACACAAGUGUGUCUGAAUGAGAAACCAGACCUGGAUCCUCAUGAUUCAUCAGAGCACGCUGCUGUGUGCGCAUAGUGAGUCAUGGGAGGAAAUGAUGAAAAAAGAUAAAAAUAGAAAUGGAGUUCUGCAGGCGCAUCGCCGCAAUAUGGCGGUCACCAGAUGCUUCUGUGGUGAUGUGGUGUGUUUUGAGCUGAUACAUUAGUUGAAGAAAUUCACUGUUAAAAAAACAGCAAUGAUAUCUUGUUUUUUUACCUCCGUAAGAACACAGAGAUGAAACAACAUGGAUUUUAUUUUUUUGAAAAAAUUUUUUAUUCUAGACAGAAGUGUAUAACCUGUCGUUUAUGUUCACCUGAGGUGUGCGCCGAGGGUUUUAAUUUUUAGUGUUAAAAGUUAAACACUAGUUAUCAACAACCAGAAGUGUUUUUUCGUUUGUGAAUAAUUUUUAUCUUAAUUCUAGGGUUGCAAGAAACUACCUUUUUGACCCCCCCCCCCCCCCCAUGAAUUGUUGAAAUGAUUAAUCUGAAAGCAGCUUACAGUCUCCUGCCUGUAUGAUAGCCGAUCCCAAUUCACCCCUUCGCCCUACCCCUCGAAAAUGCGCAUGCCCGUGUAGGGCUGUCCCAGUUCUCUUUCCGUCGAGGGUUAGGGCCAAGGGGGAGGGCUAGAUAGCCCUUCAAAUGGAGAUUUUCCAGACCCACACUCCGAACGGAGGGCUAACGAUGGUGGCGAGUGGAAACGGGAGAGAGGCACGAAAAGAGGCCCAAAAUAUGUAAGUUUGUCUUUGUUAGUAAAAGUGUAAAAAUUGCGACAACCAUCGAAUUAGCUUGGUUUUAUGUUCUUUCAGUGUAUUUUAGAGCUUUUACUUUUAACAAGCGUGACAAAAAAGGUUGCGGUAACACUACAUAAUACGGCCUGUGUCUUUAGUAUGUACCUCCUGUUCACUUACCACCUACGUUACCCCAACUUCCACAGACGUACCGUGUAACUCCUGCUCACUUCCUGCACGUGUUUCCCCGUGUCUUACAGUAUAACUAGGCUGCUUCUUAGAGCGUACCUCCCGUUCACUUACGUCCUACUUUGCCCAGACUUCCAGUGUAACUCCUGGUCAUUUCCCACCUACUUUCUCCAGUCUUACAGCAUAACUCGCGGCCACUAACCACGUAAUUCGCAACAUCCAAACAACCAAAAAACAUUUACACAUCCCUGACAAGCUUAUAGACAUUUUCUGUGUGCAGGCUUGAAGUGGUGUCUGAAUUCUUAGGGGGACAUUUCAAGCCCCUAGCCCUUGACACUCUGUUUGGAGGGGCAAGAGCUAUGGGUAGGGCUAAAAAAGAGAAUUGGGAUUCACCCUAUCACAAUAAGGGGGAGGCAGCGCACUCCACUGUGUUGUUAUUGACGUUAUGGAGCAGCCUCUCUGCUGGAAAGCCCCGACACUGAGCAGGCUGGGUGUAGGGUUAUUAAGGUGAAACAGCCUGAGCAGACAGUUACUGUCUUCCACUUACAGUUGUGUAAUGCUGCAGUGUGAGUUGGUCAGCUGGUGUUGUUUGUUAACAUCACUGCUGAUUGCUGCUCCGCUCCCUUAACGUUAGACUCUGGGUGAUGAUGGAGUCAGUAUUCACAGUAUACUUCACAUACACCUCGUAAAUGUAAUUAUCUAGAGGUUAAAUUCAAACAAGUUUGCAACCGCUGCUGUUUGUCAACAUGAAUAACAAGUUCACUUUAGCAAAUCUACACUGUAGGCUGUCCAGAUGCUGCACUGCUCUCACAGUUGAGUUCCGCCACUUCUGUUCUAACAGUAUCAUUAAUAAACGUUUGGAUAAUUGAUUACUGGGAAUCGAUACCAAUUUGUCUUUGUCCGCAUUGCGAUGCAUCUAAAAGGCAAUUGUUUUCCCCCAUCCCUAAUGUACAUUAUACUAAAACAUUAUACUAGCUUUGUGUUUGAGAGGAGACACCUGCACACCAGCACAACUGGCCUGGACAGCCACAAAAAGUGUUCCCAGGCUGAGAUCAAUGCCAACAAAUGUCAGUUUAUUUCGGACAUCCAUGCACAACACGACGAGCGCUCAAAGUGCAAAACAGUAAUAAAAAGUGAUCAAAACAGCAGCAAACGUUUCAGUCCAUCAUGUUCUGAAUAAACUGACAUUUUUUGGCAUUGAUCUCAGCCUGGGAACAUUUUUUGUGUCUGUCUCGGCCAGUUGUGUUGGUGUGCAAAUGUUUCCAUUGUUGUCCAUUGUACUGAUUCACCCAACUAAAUAGGCGCAGUCUCACAGCAGUAACAUUAACAUGACCUUACAUACCAUACAGUUAUCCUUUGUCAGCAUUUAAAACCAUUUAUUGUAUUAUUCAUUCCUCUGCAUCACUUUCCAUCACGUUCUGUUGUUUAUUUUGUUAGUUCUGUUUUUGUGAAAUCACGUAUUGGAUUGUUUUUAGAUUCAUAAUUUGCUUUUCCUUUAAAACUUUAAGUGCUAACAAUGACAGCUGUUCAUGAACAUGUUACACGUUGUAUGAAGUGACUUAAUAAAGAUUUAAUAAAAAGUGAACGUGGAUGUGACACAUUGAGAGUUUGGAGCUGUUUUGGUAUUUUAAUACUUUAAUAGACUUG